CUCCGACCAUGGCCGACCGUCCCACUUAAGGCAUCGACAAUGGCGCGCAAAGCCGGAGACUCCACCCGACGUGGACCUGCGGGCGCCGCGGUGCGUAACGACCCUCCACGUUCUACCAUUACCGCCCAAAUCAUCGACGCUUCAAAGACCAAUGACCAGCAAGAACCCCAGAAUGCAGCGCUUUUCGGUCAGCUGCUGCAGGAGUUUUUGACGGACCCGUCCGUGGAAGAGCCGAAUGUCAUGCUCAACCUGCAGCUUCUGUCUGUUGUCGUCGAGGCUGGUUUCAAUGCUCUUCUCAAGGAAAACUUGUUUGGUCAGGACGCGCUGUUACCACAGGCCAGAGAUAGUCUUUCCGUCAUCCGAAUCACCGUUGAGCGCAACCCUCGCCUCCUCUUCUACCAAAAUACAGAAGAGGCCGAGGGCGACUCUAAGCCUCCUCUUGUGGCUUGGCUUCUCCCGAAGCUGUUUUCCCUUUUAGCUCGCCCUCUGCUGCAUCCCAUCUAUACCGACAUCACCGAGUUGUUUGCAGUGUUUAUCCGGUUGCUUUCUACCGGACGACGAACUUGGCAGAACGCUAAUGCUCUGAUUGAAAUAUACCAGGCAUGCAUAGAUUCUAUCCUCACUGACCUAGACUAUCUCACAAAGAAUCCAUUUCAGUCGGCUUCUGCACUAAAGAGUCUCUUGUUGCCGCCUUUAAGCAGUAUCAGGCAGCUACUACCCGAUAGUCAGCAGCUGGUUGUCCUCCCAGACAACUGCCAGGCAGAGAUCACUAAACCCGAUCAAAGUACCGAAAUUGCCUUGGCUCUUUUGGGCGCAAUCUGCAGCCAACAUGCUGUUGUAGGCACUACCUGCAUGGCCAGCGUCAUGCAAAUUUCGAUGUCCGAUUGGGCUGCAGAUCGAUAUAGUCGUCUAUUGCAAUAUGCCUUGCGACUCAUGCUUUUCAGCACAUCAUCACGGAGCCAGUGCCAAGACUUGAGCCUUCCGUUUCUGUAUGUUCUGAAGCACUUGGUAGAGAUUGCUAUAGACACCGAGUCCCAAAGCUUCACUACGCGCGCUCUCAGCUUGACCGUCGACAGCAUCGUCACCCUGCUCGAUUUGUUCUGUCGAGUGCUGCCAUCUUUCCCUGCCCAGCACGAACUUAGCAACGUUCUACUUCGUGUUUCAUGGCUGAAUCGGCAGGCUGCAACCGGAGACCAUGCCAGUGCCAACUGUAUGCCUUUAUUUAACCGUCUUUACGAAGACGAGCUUAUACCUGCGCUACAGAGUAUAGCACUAGAUAAAACACAGCUGGAGCUCUUUGGUAAAGAUCUGCAGCUUGCAAUACUUGUCUGUGCUGAGGACAAAACUGGAUGUGAUGAAGCGACCGACUUUCAAGUUACGACUCCUGUUCAAUCCGCUAAGGUUGGACAAUCCUUUAAGGACACUCAACUGGCUGAAGGUUUCUCCGAACUACUUAUCGAUGGCCCCGAAAAUGAGUUCCCUGACAAUGAGCGGCCGCGUAAACGUCAACGUAUCGACCAAAGCAUGGGGCCAUCAUUGACUGGACCGUAUUACAACAGACUUGCAGCUAAGGCCCCAGGGUACUUUCGAAAUAACGUUCUACCUGAAAAAGAAGAAAUUCAAAGAGAAGUAGCGAACAACUUCGCCAACCUUUCACAUGAGGCAAAGUCUGACGCAAUGCGAAACUUUGCCCGCCUUCCCUGUGCUGCAGUCGGAACUUUGACUGCCUCUGUCUUGAGCAAUGGUGAGCUUUCUGCGAUGUGUUGCUCGAUCUGUGAUGGAGAGCCCGACGAGCAUAGGAAUUCCAGUUAUUGGGACGAAGAACGGUUUGGAGAGACCUGGAAAGCUGCUGUGGAGACGAUUUCGAAGAUGGUUGAGGUUCUUGAGGAACAACGCUCAAAGGAAUGCCGGGUCCUCGCUGCAAUGGCGAUUCGCAACCUAGUAUGCCACCUUCGGGAUUCCGACACCCUCGAUCUCGAAAAUAAACAGUCUCCACUUGCUAUGUGGUGUCUGAAAUCUUUGAGAAGCUCCUUCAGGGAACUACGAAUUGCUGCUGGAUAUGCGCUUCCGAUGUUUUUGCGCAAAGACGUGCCUACGACUGGCAAGAAUCGGAGCUAUGUUCUAGGAUACCUCAAGAUUUUAUCUCGGGAACGUGAGCUAAGCCGGCAAGAAACUCUCAUCUUGGCGUUUGGCCAAAUAGCUCGCACAUGUGUUGAUGAGGAGCUGAACAUGGUUUUGCUUGAACUAGUCGAAUACCUAGGUCACCCCGAGCCCAUGAUAUGUGGAGUUGCUUUUAACGAACUCUGUUCUUUGACCAAAAUCCUCAAAUGCACGCCAAGGGAUCUUUUUAAGCCAUUUUGGCGCAGCAUUGGUAUUCGAGUUUUAGAAGAACUCUUCACUCGGCCGCAGAAAACACAGCAACUUGCAGAUUUCCUGGGAUUAAGCGUCAGUCAGUUCCUCUCGUGGACACAGGUUGAGACUGUGCCAUACCUUGUCUUGAUGAAGAAAAAGGAUGUGUUAAAGAAGAUCGCACUUGCUCGAGGGCCAAACUGUUCUGUCGAGACACUUUGCAUGGAUCCAAACAACCUUGCAGCGACUUUGGCUAUGUUGUUGCUGAAACUUCCGGAUGCGGAUAUCGCAAUGGUCUACCUUGUAGCGGCGGCUCCAGAGUUCGAAGCACACGAAUUUCAGAGUUUGGUUCGGACGGUGCCUGCGACAACUGCAGCUGAAAUUCUUAGGGCUGCCGCAGAAGCGGAGCCUGGCCCUAAGAAGCAAAAAAUCCAUCAAGAUUUCCAGACUCUCACUGUAUUAGUUGAAAGAAAGCCGGGACAGUCUCGGUCAACCACCAAGGACAACAAGAUGAUGGGCCAAUUCUUCGAUAACCAUAUCUUGGGGGUGAUGGCUGUCUUCUCGGGAAUUAUCGAUAACACAAAAGAGACUCAGCCCAUGUCCGAAAGACGCAUAAGCCUCGGGGCUAUUCAAGAGCUGAUUGAGCUUGCAAAGGAACAUGUCAGUUUUGGCUUGCCACAGAUCCGUGCCUGCUUGCAGUCGGCGUUUGAUGUCCCACAACUACGCAACAAAGCCUUCUCAGUUUGGUCCUCACUUCUAUCGGCCGUUACUGAAGAGGACAUCGAACCUCUUAUAGACCAGACUUUCUCCGUCAUCGCACAAAACUGGGACUCAUUCGAUCCUGAUGUCCAGACCGGGGCGCAUGAUUUGAUAGACGGCCUCGUUAAGAAACACAAUGCGGUGCUCCGAAACCGCAUCAACAUGCUACCCUCAUUGGCCUCGAUACCCAUGAUGAACAAGAUCGAUUCACAAAUCAAGCGCUUCAAACAGACGUCACCUGUCGGUCAAUACGCCGCAUUCAGCCAACGUUGCGCGAACGAAAAUGCUCCGGUUGUUACCCAAGCUUUAAAAGACCUGAUCAUAUACCUUGAGGAGAAUCAAUCAUUCGUCCACGAGAGUGUCGCUAGCCAGCAUCCCAGUCCACUCAUAGCUGAGCUUUGUCGAUCUGUCAUGGAUGCAUCCGCUCGCUUUACAGAAACACAUCCAGAAAUCAACAUUCUUUCUGCUAAGGCUCUUGGCCUUAUCGGUUGCUUGGAUCCGUCCAGGGCAGAGGCUGUCAGACCAAAACGAGAUGUCCUUAUGCUUUCAAACAUGGACAAGCUCCCGGAAGUUCUCGACUUCACAGUAUUCAUUCUUGAAACUGUACUUGUGAAGGUAUUUCAGUCUGCCUCCAAUGCCCACAAGCAGAACUUCCUUGCGUGCGCCAUUCAAGACCUCUUAAAGUGUUCUGGCUUCAGACAAGACGCGCAUUUGCUCAAUCCACGCUCCAGCCAAACAACCACACUAUAUGAACGCUGGGCAGAAAUCCCUGAAUCAGUCAGAAGCACACUCACGCCGCUUCUUACGUCAAAAUACAAGUGGAGAGUCAAUGAUGGCUACUUUGCUUCGGAUCAAAAGUAUCCCAUAUUUUCGCCGGAAAAAAGCCAUGGGCAUUGGCUGCGGACCUUUGUAUGUGACCUUUUGUUGCGCGGCAAAGGUGAAAAUGUUCAAUUGGUAUUUCCCGUAAUCGCAAGGGUUGUUAAGGGGAACGACCUGGCAAUUUCUGUUGCCAUGCUUCCUUUUGCUGUUGUCAACAUCAUCCUCGCGGGAACAGAAAAAGAAGUGAAAGAAGUGAGCAGAGAGCUGCUCGGCGUGCUUGAAUGUCAAAUUCAUGGAAUUGGCCCAGAAGUGGACAACGUUAAACGGUGUAGCGAGAACGUCUUCCAGGUCCUGGACUACAUGUCCAGAUGGCUGCAAGGAAAACGCCGAGAGCUCACUGACAUACGGACUCAAGCAGCACAACAAGGCAGAGAGCCGCCAGAGAAAGAUGUGCUGGUCUGCGUAUCCCAAAUCAGCAGUGUAGAGAGUGUAUUACAUUCGAUACCUGCUGAGAUCAUAUCCAAGCGUGCUGUAGAGUGUGGCUCUUAUGCCCGAGCACUUUUUCACUGGGAGCAGUAUAUACGGCAACGUAAAGAGACAGUGCAGAUUCCUAAGAACGACCCUGACCGGGAAAGCCUAUACCAGCAUCUCCAGUACAUAUACACCCAGAUUGAUGAGCCAGACAGCAUCGAAGGCAUCUCGGCACAUCUACAGAUCUUGGAUCCGAAACAGCAAGUUUUGGAACACCGCAAGGCUGGCAGAUGGAAUGCGGCUCAAAGCUGGUACGAGUUGUCGCUAGCAGACAAGCCGGAUGACGUGGAAGUUCAGUACGAGCUUGUCAACUGCUUGAGGGAAUCUGGACAGUAUGAUUCUCUUCUCGCCCGCGUCGAAAGCUUUUGCAAAACACCAGGUCCUUCUGUGCCAAAAAUUCUUUCGCUUGCUUCUGAAGCUUCAUGGAUGACUGGAAAAUGGCAAACUCUGCAACGACUCCUCACUGGGGUACCGGAAGAUUUGCAAGACUUCAACAUCGGCCUUGGCAAAGCUUUUCUCAAGCUGCACGACGACGAUAUGGAGAGCUUUUCGCGUAUUAUAAGCGGAAUGCGCGAGGGCAUUGCACGUGGUCUCUCAACCUCGACAACCGCAUCACUCCAAGCAUGCCAUGACCACAUGUUGAAACUGCACAUUCUUUAUGAACUCGAAGUUAUCACCGGUACAAAUGACGCUGCACAAACCAACCGAGAAGGCGUCCUUCAGACAUUGUCAAGGCGAUUAGACGUCCUUGGUGCAUACACCGCGGACAAGCAGUACCUUCUUGGUUUGAGGCGUGCAGCCAUGCAACUAUCCCAAAAGAGCUUCACAGGUCUUGAUCUCGCUUCAGCAUGGCUUACAAGUGCUAGAUUAGCACGCAAGUCGAACAAAACUAGCACAGCUUUUGAUGCAGUACUUCAUGCCACUCGCCUCGGAGAAGAUGAGGCGAAGAUAGAACAUUCUCGCCUCCUCUGGAAGUCCGGACAUCACCGUAAAGCGAUUCAGAAUCUCGAUGGUGCUAUAAACAUGAAUUUAUUCCGCUCACAUGAUACACCGGCAGCAUCUGAAAUGGAAAGCAUGAACAUUAACGAAGAACAACAGCGGCUUCACAAUAAGCUUACUGCAAGAGCUUGUCUUCUGAAGGCAAAAUGGCUUGAUGAGGCUGGCCAAACGUCGUCGAACGAGAUCAUCUAUCAGUACCAAGAUGCCAUCAAAAAAUUCCCGAGACAGGAGAAGGGACAUUAUCUUUUAGGGAAACACUACAACAAGAAUCUGGAGUAUGAAAAGAGUACUCCGAGAGAGAAAUGGAGCACUGCCGCCUGUGCUGGAGAGACUGCAAAGCUCGUCAUCGAAUGCUACUUGCGAGCUGCGCACUUUGGAACCAGACAUAUUUAUGAGACGAUACCGAAACUCCUUACGCUAUGGCUGGACCUUGGGAUAGAUGCAACUGAGAACCCACCGCCAAAGGUUUCGGAAAGGGAAGAACAACGGCUGCUGGCUCAGGGCCAUAUCCUAUUCCUGAAGCAAAGGGUACUCAAAACCACAAAUUUCCAGAUGCAAAAAUACGCCGUUGAAAGGAUACCAACGUACAUCCUUUACACCGCUUUACCCCAGAUGCUUACGCGUAUCUGUCACCCAAACUCGGUGGUUUAUGAAAUACUUAAGGCUAUUAUCGUAAGAGUAGCCGCCGCAUAUCCACAGCAAUCGCUCUGGUCCCUUUUAGCCGUCGUCAAGGCCAAAGCGGUUGAGCGUCAGACCAAAGGCUUGGAAGUGCUUAAAAUGUUGAAGGAUUACGGGAAAAAGAAUAAGAUUGAGUCUUCAUACAAUCUGAAUACCCUGAUAAACCAAGGCCAGCGGAUCUCGGAGGCCCUGCUAAACGCGUGUGAUCUCCCUGUGGAGACAAGGGUAAGCCGUGUCAGUCUAGGAAACGAUCUUCGCUUUAGCCACAAGCUUGCCCCUUGCCCUCUGGUCGUGCCGGUCGAAACGACAUUACACGCGAGCAUGCCUACAUUGCAGGAUCCCGGGACGUUGAAAAAUCACAAAGCUUUCUCUGGCAACAUCAUCACCAUAAACUCAUUCUCGGAUGUGGUUCUUGUAUUGAGCUCACUACAACGGCCACGGAAGCUGACUGUAAGAGGGUCGGAUGGGCGUAACUACGGUCUCCUGUGCAAACCUAAGGACGACCUCCGGAAAGACCAGCGGCUGAUGGAAUUCAACUCGAUGAUCAACCGCUCCUUGCUUCGGGACGUUGAAUCCAGCAAACGACGACUGAACAUCAAGACGUACGCAGUGACACCGCUCAACGAAGAGUGCGGCGCCAUCGAGUGGGUUGAGGGCCUAAAGCCGAUGCGCGACAUCAUCUUGAAGCUUUAUCGCGAGAAAGACGUCAAAAUCGACUACCACCAGACACGCAAUCUGCUUAAUGAAGCCUGUUCGGAUGCCCCGGGAAGCGUCAACAUUUUCACUGACAAGAUUCUCAAACACUUCCGGCCGGUGCUGUACGAAUGGUUCAUCGAGACCUUCCCAGAGCCCGAAGCAUGGUUCACGGCGCGCUUGAAAUACACGCGCUCCUGCGCCGUCAUGUCGAUCGUGGGACACGUCCUCGGUCUCGGCGACCGCCACGGCGAAAACGUGCUCCUAGUUGAAGACGAUGGCGGCGUCUUCCACGUCGACUUCAACUGCCUUUUCGACAAGGGUCUCACUUUUGAAAAGCCUGAGCUAGUACCUUUCCGCCUGACUCACAAUAUGGUGGAUGCAAUGGGACCGCAAGGCACGGAAGGCGCUUUCCGCACCGCGGCGGAAUUGACGCUCUCACAACUGCGCCAGAACAUCGACACGCUGAUGACGAUUCUGGAGACGUUCUUAUACGACCCCACGGCAGACUUUAUCGGCAAGAAAAAGCGACGCGGCGUCCCGUCCACGCCGGAGGAAGUACUUGACUCCGUCAGGAAGAAGGUCGGGGGUUUACUGGAAAAGGAAGUCCUGCCGUUGUCGGUCGAGGGCUACGUCGACUUUUUGGUGUCGCAGGCGACGGAUCCGCGGAGGCUCGCCCAGAUGUAUAUCGGGUGGUGCGCGUUCUUUUAGGCCGCGCGUGGUGUGGAGUGUGCAGGCAUCUUUUUCUUUCCUUUUGGUGCGGGGGUUUCUUUGCUAUUGGGGUUGGUUGGUUGCUGGGCUGGGUGGAUAGAGUUAUCGGGUUCAUAGUUUGCGAAUAUGCGGGUUUGGGGAAUGGAUUGUGCUC